AUGCCGCAGCGCCGAAACUUCAAUGUGCCUCUGCCUUCACAAGAAUCUGGCUUAUGCAGACGAUAUCGAGAUUCUACCCCUUUUCGAGAGUUUUCCCAGUCUCUCAGCGUUCCACAAGAUCUCAACAAACUGGGAGAUUUCCUGCCCUGGGAACUAGCGCGGCAGCCCCCAAAAUGUACGUUAACGGCCAAACAGUUAACCCAUCUCGGGAACUUACAGAAAUCGUCCGGAAGUUGCAGCCCUGAGGCAACUCCUCAUCUUGGUCUCGCCGCUUCAGCCAUGAACGCUGUCACGCGUCUCGCCAUCAAACGUCCUUUCGUAGCCGAUUAA